AUGGGUACUGCGCAAAUCAUCCUGAAUCAUGUGAUUGGUGUGUCAGCUCCGCGAUCCAGAGCGCGCCGACCGGUCACUGCGAUAGUUAGUCGCGGUAUUGGGUCUAGCGCUCCUCGGAGUUCCCCUCCUCUUCCUUCGCUCCUAAGCGUAUUAGAGGUUCUCGCGCUCCCGUUUUCCCAGCACCACUACAGUGCGGUGAACAAGAAUGAUGAUGUUCUCAGAAACACUGCAAGACUUGAAGAUCUUAUUGCCACAGCCAAAAUAUGUGACCUUGAGAGGAUUUCAGAUGACAGAGCAGCUGAAAUCGACCAGGAUGAAGGAUUGCAGAGAUUUUCGAAAACCAUUGUGGGAAGUUCACCCUUCUCUGCUUGUUUCAGGCGUAUUUCUGAUUCUGUUAAGUUAAAGAUGAAUACAGAGGAAGAGUCACCAGAUAACAAUCCAUACUACUGUCCAGGCGUCAUCAAGGUGGAGAGUCUAUGGAAAAAGAAAGGAACUGAAGUUGUAGUUGCUGUAUUGAAAUCCAGUGACAAAGUCAGCUGUUGUACUUUGAGGCAUUUGGACUUCCUGAGUUUAAAGCCCCACAAUUUACUAAAUGGCGAGGUCAACUUUGAUGCAUUUGAUGGAGCAGUUGGCUUUGUCAAUGUAAAUAACAGUCACUGGAAGUUUGUGUAUCUUCAUGCCCUAACUACUCAGAUAUUUGUAGUUGACCCUGCCAACAACCAACCUGAUAUGGAGGACUCCAUGGAUGCAGCACAGAAAUUCAGGACAUAUUUCAGAACUCGCUUUAACAAGCUUGGGAAAAAAGACUGGCUGAACAUAAAAUGGAAACCCAGCAGAAUCAACCACACAGUUCAGAAAGACAGCACAAGUUGUGGAGUUUUUGUCAUGCAGAUGGCUAAAGAAACGAUUGAGAAAUUUCCAGAUAUUCCAGAGCAAUUCAACAUUGACCCUAAAAGAAGCAACAUUGCACGUCUCAGAAAGGAAAUGGCACAAGAAAUUAUUGUUUCAUCUGACUCCAAAGACAAUUACUGUUCUUUCUGUGGUUUAUGGACUCUUUCUACUAUGGAACAAAGAAGUAAAGACAUUGUCUGGGUGCAAUGUGAAAAAUGCAUGAGGUGGUAUCAUGCAGGGUGCAUGGGAAUAAAAAACGAAGAUCUUCCUGACAAGGACACAUCCUGGCUCUGUGACCUUUGUAAAAAAUAAAAACUUGUGUGGCAUUUGUACAGAAAUGUUACUGUAACCUUGUAUAUAUUUAAUUUUCUUAUUUAUUCUUUUUGUGAU